CACUCGACAAGCGAACACAUUACUGCACAUAAUAUGUGAACGUUUUCCAAUUUUAUCAACGAAUGGCAUCUUCAAUUGUCACAGUUUUUCUCAUUUUUCGACUUACUAUUCUUGUCACUGUUCGUGCUGAGAUUCAUGCAUCGGACUUUGAGCAAUAUGAAAUCGAUCCAAGUAGUGGUAUUUUUUUCGAGGAAUUGGGCAGCCUACAACUUUACUCCACCGAAUGGACGUUCGUGACAUAUGUAAAUCUCUCCCACUUUGCUGCGGAAACUGAAUAUUUGGAUCAUAUGGUGUUGAAAAUUCAAAAUUUCUGUGAAAAAAUCCAUGCAGAAUUUGCGUUAGCAAUUCCAAAUUCGUAUUGUGAUCAUACGAUGCCGCAGUUGUUGAAUUUAUUAGACGACGUUCGUGAAUAUAGUGCAAAAUGGUUUUUGAAUCACGAACUGCCAUCGGAACUACGUUUCAAGAAUGACUUUCGUGGUUUGCGCCGAAAGAAGCGUGGUCUCUUAGGUGGAAUAACAAAACAAUUGUUCGGAACAUUAAGCGAAGAUGAAGGUGUAUUUUACAUGGAGCAAAUAAAUGCGUUAAAAUCCGAGAAUUUUCAGCAUCUCCUAAUGGCGGAGAAGCAAACGACGUUAUUUCAAGAAUCCUUAAAAGUGUUAAAUAAUACGAUGCAAUCGCAGCACAUUCAAAAUGUGGCCCUUCAGAAGCAAUUCGAUGAUCUCAGUUAUGUAUUAAAAAAUGCAACGAUUGAAUCAACAUUGGCCCAAGUGUCCGGUGUUUUAGUUGGUAAAUUAAGUGAAUUAAUGCAAUAUGCAUCGUAUCUAAUUAUCGGUUUUCGGGAAAAACAGCGAUAUUUCUUCGAAGCAAUAACGACAAAAUCGAAAAGUUUUCAAUUAAUACCCCCGCGAAAGUUUAUGAAUGAGUUGGAGCGUGUUAGUUUAUUGGUGGCACGACAAGGAUUACUAUUGCCAAUGGUGAUAAAAGGCGAAAAUUUGGCGAAAUUCUAUCAAAUCACAAGUACCGAGGGACGAAUCGUUGACAAUAAUUUAGUGGUGCGGUUUUCAAUUCCAUUGGUUGACAGUAAAAAAUUUACACUUUAUAAAGCGACUAGUGCACCGCAUCGAAACGAUACCAGCAAACAAUUCGAUUACAUUGUGCCACGGAAUGAAUACAUCGGUGUUGAUAGUUUUAAAGAGAAAUUUGUGACGAUGACAUUGGAUGAAUUGAAGAAUUGUCAUCGCACCAUGCGUCAUCACCUAGUGUGCAAACAAACAUUUCCACUUUUAACGGCCAACAACCAUUUGGGAUGUGAAAUCAAUUUGUUACGCAAUACAAAUGUGAAUUCAAGUUGUGAUUUCCGCACGACAAACUUAACCGACGAGUUAUGGGUGCAGCUACAACAACCGAACACCUAUUUGUACACAUUGCCAAAGGAGUUAACGGUGACUGUUAUUUGUCCAACAUCGCGAAAUUCGAUUUUUCUUGAAGGAACUGGUGUCAUUUCCGUUGAAAAUCGUUGCCGUAUCAAAACCGACCGCGUUGAAAUCGUCGCUUUUCAAAGCAUCGAAUCGAACAUUUUUCGAAAUUUUACAAUCAUCAACAAAUUCGACGUGAAUAUUACGUCGAAAAUUGAAAAAGCGAAACAAAUCAAAAGCCCGCGCAUUCCGAUUUUGAGAUUACUGAGAUUAAGCACCGACGAUACCGCAAAAAUAUCAGAUAUUAACGACGAAUUAAACGGCUUACAAAUGCAAAAUGCAAUCGACAAAGCAUCAGCGAUGAGCGUACUGAAUUCGGUUAUUAAUAACGGCGGCAGCAUUGGCCAAAUUGUAUUGGCCCUUGCUAUUAUUGCCAUUGCAAUUGUAGUGGUCUUUACAUUCAUCAAGUAUAGCCUCAUCAAAAGUGGAAACAUUUUCAUUUUCAUUCUUCUAGUCACCAUUGCCACCGCAACCGUUUUAUACUUCAUUUGAAACAUUUUUUGCGUUAAAUAAUCGUUCAAUUUAAACGCUUUCGGAACUGAACAUUCAAACCAAUGACACCGCCCAAAUCGACACCAAAGAUACGAACCAAAAUC